UGGCCCCACUCACCUCGCGUGUCCGCUGGUCCCUCUCCCCUGCGGCACCGUCCGCCUCGGGGCGGCCCCGGGACCCGCCGGAGGCGGGCAGGAGGCGGGCGAGCGGGGCUGCAACUUCACGCUCCUCACUUGUGACCGCUCGCGCCCGGGAGCCGGAGGGGCAGGGCGGAGAGGGGCGGAGGGGAGCGGAGAGGCGAGCGCCGGAGUCCCCGCCGAGCCGGAGCCCGCGGCGCACGGAGGCGGGAGUCGCCCAGCCGUCCCGCCGCUGCGACCGCCGCCCCGCCGCCGCGGAGGCUCCUGUGCCCGGCCGCCGGCGCCCCGAGCUCGGCUGGUCGGGAUCCGCGCCCCGGUCGCUGCGCCCUCGCCGCCGCCGCCGCCUCCGCCCUCGCGGAGCCGAGCCCGCGCGCGCCCGGCCGCCGUCUCCCCGCCUCUCCCGCCUCUGCCUCCUCCUCGCGGCUCGGGGGCGGCUGCGGGCGGCGGGGAGCCGGGGCGCCGGGGUCCGGACUCGCAGCCCCGGAGGCGGCGGAGGCGAGCGGACCCCUCCGGACGCCCCCGCCCGCUGCCCGCCGGCCCCGGCCCUGCGCGGCGGCGCCCGGGUGCGGGGCUGCCAGACCCUCGCCCAGCGCCGAGCCCCGCGCGCGGCCGCCCGGUCAUGCUGCCCAAAGUGGAGACGGAGGCGCUGGGACUGGCGCGGUCGCAUGGGGACCAGGGGCAGAUGCCGGACGCCAUGCAAGUGUCUCAGUUUAAGAUGGUGAAUUACUCCUACGACGAGGACCUGGAGGAGCUGUGCCCCGUCUGCGGAGACAAAGUGUCCGGCUACCACUACGGGCUGCUCACCUGUGAGAGCUGCAAGGGGUUUUUUAAGCGGACGGUCCAGAACAACAAGAGGUACACGUGUAUCGAGAACCAGAGCUGUCAGAUUGACAAAACCCAGAGGAAGCGCUGUCCCUACUGUCGGUUCCAGAAAUGCCUUAGCGUGGGGAUGAAGCUGGAAGCGGUCAGGGCCGACCGGAUGCGCGGAGGGAGGAAUAAAUUCGGGCCCAUGUACAAGCGGGACCGCGCCCUGAAGCAGCAGAAGAAGGCCCUCAUCCGCGCGAACGGACUGAAGCUGGAGGCCAUGUCCCAGGUGAUCCAGGCGAUGCCCCCUGAGCUGAGCAUCACCUCCGCCAUCCAGAACAUGCACUCGGCCUCCAAGGGCCUCCCCCUGAGCCACGCCGCCCUGCCGCCCACGGACUACGACCGGAGCCCCUUCGUCACCUCCCCCAUCAGCAUGGCCAUGCCCCCGCCCCACGGCAGCAGCCUGCCAGGCUACCAGCCCUACGGCCCCUUCCCCAGCCGGGCCAUCAAAUCUGAGUACCCCGACCCCUACACCAGCUCGCCCGAGUCCCUCAUGGGCUACCCCUACAUGGACGGCUACCAGACCAGCUCCCCGGCCAGCGUCCCGCACCUGAUCCUGGAACUGCUCAAGUGCGAGCCCGACGAGCCGCAGGUCCAGGCCAAGAUCAUGGCGUACCUGCAGCAGGAGCAGGCCAGCCGGGGCAAGCAUGAAAAGCUGAGCACCUUCGGGCUCAUGUGCAAGAUGGCAGACCAGACGCUCUUCUCCAUCGUCGAGUGGGCCCGGAGCAGCGUCUUCUUCCGGGAGCUUAAGGUGGACGACCAGAUGAAGCUGCUGCAGAACUGCUGGAGUGAGCUGCUCAUCCUGGACCACCUCUUCCGGCAGGUGGUCCACGGCAAGGACGGCUGCAUCGCCCUGGUCACCGGGCAGCAGGUGGACUACUCCAUCAUCGCGGCGCAGGCCGGGGCCACGCUGGGCAGCCUCAUGGGCCACGCCCAGGACCUCGUGGCCAAGCUGCGCUCCCUGCAGUUCGACCAGCGGGAGUUCGUGUGUCUGAAGUUCCUGGUUCUCUUCAGUUUAGAUGUGAAAAGCCUGGAGAACUUGCAGCUGGUGGAGGGGGUGCAGGAGCAGGUGCACGCGGCGCUGCUGGACUACACGGUGUGCAACUACCCGCAGCAGGCGGAGAAGUUCGGCCAGCUGCUGCUGCGGCUGCCGGAGAUCCGGGCGCUCAGCCUGCAGGCCGAGGAGUACCUGUACUACAAGCACCUCAACGGCGACGUGCCCUACAACAACCUGCUCAUCGAGAUGCUGCACGCCAAGCGGGCCUGAGCGCGGCCGGGGGGCGCGGCCGGGGGCCCCCGCUUUCCGGACGGAGCGAGGCGGGUGUGGGGAGGGGAGAGCGGACGGGAACGAGGAGGGAGAGCUGCUCCACGCCCCCCCCCCAGGAGAGCCGUGGGGGGAAGGGACCGCGUCUGGGAGAGGGCACCCUCGUCCCGGGCCGGACGGCAGCUGAAGGCUGCAUCGGGGUCCUUGUGUUGGAAACUGUGAACCCGGAGCUCCGCGGCCUGAGAGACGCGGGCGGGACUCCCCUUCGGACGCGGGCCCCACGGCAGAGCGACCUCGGACCGAACGAUUCUCGUAUUUCACACCGAUCUCCGCGGUGGAGGGACUGCCCGGCGGCGGGCACUGGGCGCGCUGGGCGGGGGUCGGAGGCUACAGCAUCCCGGCCGGCCCCGCCCACCUGAGACAGCUCCCCAAAGCCUAUCGGCUGCACCUGGACGGUCCCUCCUCUCCCCGGCAAGAACCCAGCACCUUCUGUCCUGCGAUCCAUCCAUCCAUCCAUCCACCCGUCCAUCGAGGAAUCUAUGCUAAGGCCCCAGCCACGCCCACUGGCCGCUCCCCGAACCCUGACAACGCUCAGACCUCCGUGUCUGAGACCUGCCCGCAGCGCGUGAGAACCGUCUGUGAACCGGUCGGCCGGCCAUGCCCCGCGCAUUCUGGCUGGUCUGGUCUUGUGCUCACAAUGUUACAAAAAAGGAGAAAAGAAAGAAAGAGCUGGCAGUAUCCGCUCUCUCUCCCGCGCCGAUCGGCGCACGAAUGGCCAGGAAGGGAAGUGGCUACAAAGUGUCAAAGCCGAGGUCGCCUGGACCCCAUGGCGGUACUGGUACUGCGCUGCGGCGUCGGCAACGGUCCGGUUUCAUGUAAAAAAAAAAAAAAAAAUUCUGGCCCGAAGGCCCGUCCGCACACGUCCGUCUGCGUGAGCUUCCACGCUUGCGGCCCAUUUAAAAAUUAAACUCGCCACCAUCCCGCCCGGGGCGCCUCCUCGUCGUGGCCGGGAGACGUUGAAGGCAGACGGGGGCAGCGAAAGCUACGCACACGGGAAAGGCUGGACAAGCCCAUAAAUGGACCGAACCCCGAAUGGAGACGUGAUUUUUUUUUUUUCUUUUUUUUUACAUGUGGCUGGAAAUCUAUUCGAGGGAUUGAGAUCUUCCCCAAAAGGGAGACGAAGAGAGGGGUGGCUGACCAUCCGAGUCACGGGCCAAAGUUUGCAGAACAAAUAUUGGGGGGGGGGGAAGACGGGGGGCGGGGACGUGCCAAGCGAUCGCCCCCGACAUCGCCAUCAGUGUUACCAGCACGCAAUUGCCAUGGGUCCCAUCGUCUUGCCUUAUCUCGCAACUCUGAGAGGUUCGCCGUGCGGAUGCGAAUCACCUUUACAAUAAAGUAUUAUUACUACGUGAAAAGUCCAAGAACGUACAGUGUUUACAUUCUUUA